UCACAGGGCAUAGUGGGCGUUGAAUCUGUCUUCUUCUAUAAGCUCAUACAUGACUUCACGAUUGACAUUACACUAGUUGGGAAACUUCAUAUCUUGACAUUUUCAGUUGCAGACGGCCGACAAAGAUGACGGAAACCUCCGCGAACAAGCUGCUAAACGGAGAUGCCUGUCACCGUACCUCAAACGGCAAAAAAUCGAGCAAAAAUGGCUUCGUGAAGAACCACUGCCUGUUUCAACAGCCACAGAAGUAUCGUCGCCCCAGGGAGAGGAACCAAAAUGCCACACACAACUCCAGCUUGUACAAGAAGCCCUUUGCGGAAUCAUUUGAGGAGACACCUCUACUUGUGGCCGUGCUCACCUACAUGGGCUAUGGCAUCCUCACCGUCUUUGGCUACCUCCGAGAUUUCCUUCGCCACUGGAGCAUCGAGAAGUGCCACGUGGCUCGGGAGAAAGAGGAGCAGAAGGAUUUUGUCCCCCUCUAUCAGGACUUUGAGAACUUUUACACCAGGAACUUGUACAUGAGAAUCCGAGACAACUGGAACAGACCCAUCUGUAGUGUCCCUGGUGCCAAGAUGGACCUGGUGGAGAGCGUUUCUCACGACUACAAUUGGACCUUCGAGCAAACAGGCAGAGUGGUGAAGGACGUCAUCAACAUGGGCUCAUACAAUUACCUGGGCUUUGCUGAGAAUACCGGGGCUUGUGCCAAUGCUGCGUUUGAGGCCACGGAAAAGUAUGGCCUUGGAGUGGCAAGCUCUCGCUGUGAGAUGGGGAACCUGGACAUUCACGAGGAGCUGGAGCAGUUGGUUGCCAGGUUCCUGGGUGUUGAGUCAUCCAUGGCUUUUGGCAUGGGCUUUGCAACCAACUCCAUGAACAUUCCUGUCCUCACCGGGAAGGGUUGUCUUAUUCUGAGUGACGAGCUGAAUCACGCCUCUCUGGUGCUGGGUGCCCGCCUGUCAGGAUCCACAAUUCGGGUCUUCAAACACAACAACAUGCAAAGCCUGGAGAAGCUGCUGAGAGAUGCUAUCGCUCACGGGCAGCCGAGAACACACAGACCCUGGAAGAAAAUUCUCAUUGUGGUGGAGGGCAUAUACAGUAUGGAGGGGUCCAUCGUGCGUCUCCCGGAGGUCGUUGCUCUGAAGAAGCGCUACAAGGCGUAUCUGUACCUGGAUGAGGCCCACAGUAUCGGGGCUCUGGGGCCUAACGGCAGGGGAGUGGUGGACUACUUCGGCCUGGAUCCCAAAGAUGUGGACAUCAUGAUGGGAACAUUUACCAAGAGCUUCGGGGCUGCUGGAGGAUACAUUGGAGGCAAAAAGGAGCUGAUCGACUACCUGCGUUGCCACUCUCACAGCGCCCUGUACGCUACCUCCAUGUCCCCUCCUGUGGUCCAGCAGAUCAUCACCUCUAUGAAGAGCAUCAUGGGGGAGGAUGGGACCACACUCGGUGCUGACCGCCUCAGACAGCUCUCAGAGAACACCACCUACUUCCGCAGGAAACUUCGUGAAAUGGGCUUCAUCAUCUAUGGAAACGAUGACUCCCCUGUAGUACCCAUGAUGCUCUACAUGCCUGCCAAAAUUGGGGCCUUUGGUCGGGAGAUGUUGAAGAGAAACAUUGGCACAGUGGUUGUCGGCUUCCCAGCAACACCCAUCAUCGAGUCGAGGGCGCGUUUCUGUGUGUCCGCAGCCCAUACCAGAGAGAUGCUUGACACAGCGUUGGGGGCCACAGACGAAGUGGGCGACCUGCUGCAGCUGAAAUACUCCAGACGUGAACAGCCUCUUCCCUCGCUUGGGUGGAUGGCCGAGGAGAGCCUGCUUCAGGACUGAGCAGCAUCACACACUGCCCUCACAAAACCUUCUCUGAUGUCCUUCAUUUUCCUCUGAGCCAGUCAGUCCUGCCCACAUUUCUCCUCACAGCAGCCUCCCGUGGACUCACCAGAACCAAAGUCUUGACAGGUCCACCCUUUUGAAACCUGCACCGCUCAUCAGCCUGUGUGCAGCCUGUUCAGCUGAUGCCCCACAGCUUUGUGUGCGUCCCCUCAGUUCCUCCUAACUUAUUGUGACUGCAUCUGUCUCACAUCAAGCCCUUUCCUGUGUGCACAUUGAAUGUGUAUCUUAUUUGUGCAAUAAUAACAACAUUUUGUAGACAUUUUUUUUUUUUGCAAUGAGUUCCUACUCAUGCACUUGGAAAAAAAAUACAAUAAUAAUAAGACACCAGAUCAUGGCAGUGGCUAUGAUGAGCACAGGAAAAUAAAAUAUAUGUAAAUAUUAUUUAUCCCAAAGUAAGGUAAUGCUGCCUUAGUGUAGCAUCCCAAACCUCAAAUAGAGAUACAUUAUUUCACAGGAGUAACAUUAGCAGAUGUACUCCAUAUGUAUUUAUCUGAUGGCUUUUUUCUAAUCAAUUUUACUUGAAUGGAGUAUAGGAUACUGGGUUCUUUAACCUUACCAAAGGAUGUAUAUGUAUAGAUAUGUUUUCUACCUUUUCUCUUUUAAAUGCAAAGCAGCUGUUCCAAACGAAAACAUUUAACAGAGAAAGAAUACUUUUAUUGCCUAUUUUCUAGAGAUAUUUUUCAGCCUUAUUUACUGUUUACACCUGCACUCAAAAACUUGAGCCCAGUGUCUUUAACAUUUCUAUAAGCUAAUGAGCUACAUGUGUGAUCUUUAUUUUUUAUUGCUAAACUCUUAUUGCCUAAAUGCUUUCAUGUGAAUCCGCAUUGUCGCCGAUCUCUGAGCACAUGACACGCUGUCACUUAGAUCUGUAUGUAUGACGAUGCCGCUUCCACGCUCAUCUGAUUUACAGACAGCUUUAUUUAUUCAAAAUGUCCUUCUCACCCAUCAGCUAUCUUAUUUUUAUCUGAAAGGCAGCUCCAAAUGUGUCCCAGUGUGUGUUUUAACCGACUAUCCACACGUCUUAACUUCAGUGCCGGCACUACUGACGGGCAUUGUACAUGCACAGAUGACGUAGUCACUGAUAUUUGCAGGAUUUGUUUGGGGAUGCUUCAAACGUCAUCGUUUUUUUUCUAAUGAUUUAUCUUCUUUGGUCAUCUUCUGGAAUGACAUUCCAUAUCAACUUGCUUUCAGUGUCAAGUGUUUUUACAUGUCACUGGUAUUUAAUGUUCAUAUGUGUGUUUAUGUUCUACCACUUAAUCCAGCCAGUCAGAAAGCUGGCAGUUGUCUGGCAAUGUGACCAUUCCUCUAAAUGUUCAUCAAAGUGAUUUCACUCAACUCAAGUUUUGAGAAGCUUUGUUGAUGUUAUUUUUGCAUUUUAGCGCGACAGCUUUUUAACAGUACAUCCAUUGGAUAUUAACUGCGUUGUUGUCAUUCCAAUAUUGUUGUUUUUCUUCAACGAAAAAUGACUUGAAUAAGAACUCUGUGACGCAUUUGCUUUCAAUUAACAAAAUAUUUAUCAUGGAAUAGAUGACUAUGGUCUAGAAUGGCACUCUUCAGAAAUGUGAUCUCUGACGUUAAAAAAAAAGAGUCAAAGUUUCCUCUCAAGCCGUCUGUUAUACCAUGCAGUGU